UAUAAGUACCCAACUUCGAAUCACUUCAAAACCAUCACUUCUUUACCUACAAAUCAUUAAUUCUUGUCUCAAUUUCUUAGAGAAAAAAUGCAGAGCCCAGUAAGAUUUUCAAGCUGCCGUGGUGUAGCAUUUGAAAUCAAACCUCAUGCUGAUCCAUUUGCUUUGUCAACACCAAACAAUAAUCAAGAUGAUCCUAAAGGAAGCGGUUGGCUUUCUUGGUUUCAAACUGUCGGAAAUACCUCGAAAAUUUUCCCUUCUUCUGUUCAAAGAUCGACGAGUCGAGUCAGUAGUCAUUUUUGUGACCUUAACCAUGAAGAUGACGACUCUCCUGAAGAAGAGGAAGAAGAAGCUGAUGGUAUCAUCAGUUUGAAAAUGCUGGAAGAAGGAAAAAUGGAGGAAAAUCCACUAAAAUUGGCUAGUAAACGUGAGCAACCGCAGAAAAUGGUGGCUCGAAAGCAAGAAGCGAGCAGAUUGUCGGUAAUUCUGCUCGAUCAAGGCUUGUUCACUGUCUACAAGCGGCUUUUCGCUGUUUCUUUGACGUUGAACAUUGUCGGUUUAGUUCUUGCAGCUACCGGGAACUUUGCAUACGCAAAGAACCGAGCUUCACUCUUCGCUAUCGCAAACAUUCUUGUGCUGACAGUAUGCAGAAGCGAAGCGUUUCUACGAGUCGUUUUCUGGCUCGCUGUUAAAGUACUCGGGAGGUCGUGGGUUCCUCUACCGAUAAAGACUGGGACCACAGCUCUUCUUCAAAGUCUCGGUGGAAUACACAGCGGAUGCGGAGUUUCAUCUAUAAUUUGGCUCGUAUAUUCUAUAAUUCUCACUCUUAGCGACAGAGAAAACACUUCCUCAGCUAUCAUAGCUGUAGCCUCCGCGAUUCUUUCGCUUCUCUUCCUUUCCGCUUUAGCCGCAUUCCCUCUCGUCCGCCAUCUCCAUCAUAACAUAUUCGAAAGAACUCAUCGGUUCGCUGGAUGGACCGCUCUAGCCUUACUAUGGGCAUUCGUGUUCCUCACGAUCUCUUACGAUCCAAAAACCAAAUCCUACAGCAGCGAACUAGGCUCGAGGCUAAUCAGGCAGCAGGAAUUCUGGUUCACAAUAGCUAUUACAAUUUUUAUCAUAAUCCCGUGGAUAACAGUCAGAAGAGUACCUGUCAAAAUAUCGUCCCCGUCAGGCCACGCCUCGAUUAUUAAAUUCGAAGGAGGCGUAAAACCUGGAAUUCUCGGAAGAAUCAGCCCGUCGCCUUUAUCAGAAUGGCAUGCUUUCGGAAUUAUAUCAGAUGGGAAAGACGAACACAUGAUGUUAGCCGGUGCAGUGGGCGACUUCACCAAAUCUUUAGUCGCGAACAAACCGAGCCACUUAUGGGUUCGACAAGUGCACUUCGCAGGCUUGCCAUAUCUAGUAAACAUGUACGACAGAGUUCUUUUAGUGGCUACUGGUUCCGGUAUUUGCGUGUUUCUGUCGUUUCUAUUACAGCCAUGUCGAGCCAGUGUUUGCGUUCUCUGGGUGGCGAAAGGGAUCGAACAAAAUUUCGGAAACGAGAUAAAAGAAAUGAUGAGUGGACAUCCGAAAGACAAGGUGAUCGUGCACGAUACGGCUGUCUUAGGUAGGCCAAAUGUGUCGCAAAUGAGUAUUGAUACUGCUAAAAAUUGGGGAGCUGAAGUUGUGAUCGUAACGAGCAAUCCUGAAGGAAGUAGGGACGUUGUUAAUGCUUGUAAAGGUGCAGGAAUUUCAGCAUUUGGUCCUAUCUGGGAUUCUUAAGCUUAAUUAUUAUUUUUUGUAAUAUUUUCAUGUUUCAUUAUUUUUUUUGUGUUAUUCUUUUCAAUUGAUUUUUUUUUCUUUGAACCAUUCUGUCCAAAAGAGAGGAGAAAUUUAGCUUUUAUUAUGUUGCUGCUGACAAAAAAGCAAAUUGUAUUGUUCACUUAAUAACUUUGCAAGUAAUUUUGCUA